AUGCUAGACGGACCGCCCGUGCUUAACAAUCGUCCCCGACGGCAUACCGUCCGGGUAGCCUGCAAUGCCUGUCGAUCGCAAAAGCUCCGGUUCCGCUCCGACCUAGCGUUGCUACUACGCGGCACGGGGCGGCACGGGACAGAUGCUAAUGAUCCUUUGCCUAGAUGCGAUGCCGCCCGGCCUACCUGUUCGAGAUGCGCUAGCCUCUCACGCCUAUGCCUAUACGACACGAACUCCGAGAGCGAGAGUCGUACUACCGCGCUCCAACGAGAAAACGAGAGCCUCCGUCACCAGCUUCAAGAAUAUAUUGGCGAAGGAUUAGGACGCAUGCCGGCUUCGUGGGGCUCCUGUACGGCCCAAUGCUGUACCGCAACUCGACUGCUCUCUGCUAUUAUAUCGAGCGCUCCCGACGAAGCUGUAGCUAUUGUUAGGAGACUCCGUAACGGAAUAGACCAGGAUGGAAUCGGCUACGGAUAUGAUACAGUUAGAGCAAGCGCCUUCCAUUUCACCUGUCACAUGCUCACAAACCUCUGCAGCCGUCACAAACCUCUUCAUCCGUUACAAACCUCUGCAGCCGUCACAAACCUCUGCGGCCGUCACAAACCUCUGCAGCAGUCAAGUACCGGUAUGGCGACUCUUCCCAAUCACGUUGCUACCGCCUUCGCGCAGGCCCGUCUGGCCGCCCAGGUGCUUACACAACAGUCGACUUCGGCGGAAGCGGUGCAAGUGAUUACCGACCUGCUCGCUCGCUGCGCAGGUGAGCCCUGGCACCAGCAUAUCCACUUCGCCGAUCGGGUAGCCUGCUUCAUCAACCCGGCCGCCGCCGCUCGCUACGCUGCAGCUACCGGAGCCGCCAACGCUCCGGCCCAGGCUACCAUCGCCUCCGUCUUGUCGACCUUCCGCGCGCCGAAGCUCUCCCUCUGUCUAAGCUCAAGCGAGAUUGGCCCGGUUGUCGCUGCACCAGCUCGGAACGAAUGGCAUUGCGUCGGAUUUGCCAAACUUGGCCCAGAAGCCCUCAUCUACUCGAGCAGCGCUCCCUCUGGCGGCGUCGAUCCCGUCCGCCUCCAAAACCUUACCGGCCAAGCCGUUCUCAACAAGGGAAUCCGCGAUCGCAUGUCGGCUGGCGUUCGAGACGGCCGGGUAAAGCUGCUUGAGCCAACCGCGGCCCACCCUGAACAGACCUGCGUCCGGGAUGCCGUCUUGUUCCUCAUCUACCAGAUCGAACAGGUUGCGCUUCAGGGAGGCCCUGCUCUAGUGACUGCACCACGCGCGGGCGAGCGGCGGCAAAGCGGUACUAUAACUUUACCAAAAGCAUUUUCUCAGACCUAA